CACCGCCCGCGGUCGCCCGGGCAACGGGACGCGGAGCCGGGCGGCGGCGGCGGCCGCGGGCGCCUCACACUAUGUCCCACAUCCUGUGCGAGUGGCUCAACCGGGACGUGAAGCUCUCCCGGCUCAUCGUUCCAGGAUCAUUUCCAGAAGAUUUUUCUACUGGCUACCUCCUAGGAGAACUUCUACACAAAUAUGGUCUUCAGGAUGACUUUAAACAAUUUUCACAGAACAGAGGUGCAGAUGCAAAAAUUAACAAUUUUUCUCGCCUGGAACCCACACUUCACCUCCUUGGUGUGCAGUUUAAUGAGACUAUGGCCCAAGACAUCAUGACAAGACAGCAUGGGGCUGCAACAAUGCUUUUAUAUGAAUUGUAUAUUGCUUUAGAAAAAAAGAGGAAAGCAAAGCUCACUGGAGUAGCUGUGGGAGCAAUGAGACCUGCAGCAACUGCAAAACUUACAUCUACUGAAAGUGGAAAUGAAGAGAAUCACAUAGGAAGGAGACAAAAUGAAAUAAUGGCCAGGAUUCAAACAGCUGUUAAACAGAUUCAAAAACAACCAUCAAGACCUACCAUAAAAUCUUUUGAAGCCAAAAGAUUCUUAAAGAAGAAAAGAGAAGCAGAGAACGUAUACAAGGAGAUAGAAAAGUUUGAGAAGUCUAUGACAGGAAACAUCUCUGCAGUACAUGGCCAUGUGACUGACAGUGAUAUGCAAGAAUUUUUGCAAACACAGAAGUCUCAAACAACAGGUCUAAAAACUAUACCAGAGAAGAGAACUGAGCUGUUAAAUAUUUAUUCAGAUGAUGAAUAUAUAAAGAUUAUUCAAAAACGUGUACAGGAAGAUAUAUUCGCUAGAGAGCAACGAGCAAAGAGACGACGAAAAAUGCUAGUGGAUCAGUUAGCAGCACACGAGGCUCAAGAGAAGGCUUACAGGGAGGAACAGCUCAUUUACAGACUAAUGAAACAAUCUCAGCAUGAACGAAGGAUUGCUGCUCAACUCAUGCAUGUUCGGCAUGAAAAAGACAUGCUAAGGCAAAACAGAAUUUUCAGGGAAAAGCAAUAUGAAGACAGACGGCAGAAGGAGUUCCAGGAAGCUCUUGACAGAGAAGCGGCUCUUGCAAAACAAGAAACUGUUGAUAAUGAAGAACAAAUAACCAGAGAAAGAGAAUACCAUGAGAAAAUUUCUGCCGAAAGAGCACAGGCACGCUAUAAAAAGCAUUAUUCUUUAUGUUGGGAAAUGAUAGGCCAAAUCAUUGAUAUGUCAACAAAAGUAGUUGAAUAUCAUCAACUGACGAACAACCGUGUUCCACCAAAGCUCAUGAUGGAUUGGAAGGAACUUUUUUUAAAUGGAAAACCAAUAUAUGAACAAGCCUCAAUUCAACCUUUGCCAGAUGAACCUAGCCCAGAACAAUUUGUAGAGCUGAAUAAAAUGAGUCUGUUAGAUGAAAAAGAUUAUGGUGAAUACAAGAGUAUGACAGGGGAAUGGAGCCCAGCGGAAGAGAACAGUGAAAACAAACCUCCUCUUAAUAAUAACAUAUUGGGUCAUGUGCUUCAUAGACUGAUGGAAAUGUUCUAUCCUCCAAAACCCAAAUCUUCGCGUGAAUUUCCUUCAUUUCCCAUCAAGGGAUGUGUUUUGGGAAAAAUGUUUAGUGGAAAAACUACAUGUGCAAAGUUUGUUGAAAAAGUUUGCAAUAUUCAGGUACUAUCUGUUGGUGCUCUGGUUCAGGAGGCCAUUGAAGCUUUUCUUAAUAAUGAAAUGAAAAGUGAACCCAGACUAAUUUCACAAGAAGCAGAGAGUUCUGGAGAACAAAAUGAGGCCCAGGACAACUUACCGAAUUCACCAGCAAAUCUUCUAGAGGAACUCCAAACAGAACCCACCACAAAACCUAUUUUAGACUAUUGUCCUGUUGAAAAAGAUCCAUCCCAGGAAGAAUUUGAAUUGGAUAGCAGUCAGGAUGGCCUAUCCAAGCUAUCUGUACGUGCCCAACUUGGUGCUGCAUCACAGAAAUGGCUGAAGAAUGGAAAAAGUGUUCCCGAUGAAUUACUAAUAGACAUCCUAUUGGAAGCCAUUGCCCAAAUACCACCAGAGAAGGGGUGGAUUGUGGAGGGGUUUCCAAUGACAAUUAAUCAGGCAAAGCUAUUUGAAAAAUCCUAUACAGGGAUUGAUGUAGAAGCAAAAGAUCCAAUUUCUGAAAAGCUGUCCCUUGCUAUAGAUCCAAGAGCCCCUAAUGAGCCUCCUCCUACCUCACCUGCAUUUGAUGUUUCUAUAUUACUGGAUAUUUCAGACAGUCUGGUACUGAAACGUGCAGCUAACAUGAAGUUAGAUAAAAGAAAGGCAUCUCAGGCUGAACAGAGCAGCAAUCAAAAUUCAGAUGCCCAAUUCCUAGAAGAGAAGAUUGACUUGGCCAGGGAGCAGGUGCUACAUAGAAUUUCAGGCUUCCUAAAGACAUGGCCAAAAUUAGAGAAAUGGUUUUCAGUCCAUCAAAACAAUCUAGUGAAAGUAAAUGCAGAGACAGAAGAAAGUCUUGUGUGUGAAACAGUGAAGGAUAUUAUAAUAGAAGAAAUUGUAAAAAAUCAGGAUAGAAGGUCUGCUGAAGAAAUUGCACCAGAAGAAAAUGUUUCACCAGUUACAGAUGAAGAAGAAGUUUUACAAGUCAUAGAUGAAGAAGAAAAAGUUUUACCAGUUAUAGAUCAGCCUUCGCCCUUUCCUGAGGCACCACCAAUGAUUGAACCAGGAUCAGAUGAAUGGAUUUAUGUAGACGAACCACUUCCCCAGGAGAUAAUUGAUUUUUUAGUACCUUACUGGGAAAUGGUAGAAAAUACAUAUAUGAAUACGAUCAAAACUGUACUUAGAUGUCUAAGGGAUGAACAGUACACUAUAAUCCACUACACAGCAGAUAUUAGAAAAAAAUUUCAAGAUUAUUUGAAACGUCCACAUCUUAAGCAGGAGUUUGUAUCUCAGUGGCAAAGAGAUUUUAAUUCAAUUGCUGAUGAGCUGCAAGAUGACGAGGAAACAAAAGCUGAACUACACCAAAGGGUUACUGACCUAAGAGAUCUUCUCUGGGAUAUCUGCGAUAUCAGAAGGGAAGAAGCAGAGCUGGAACGUAUUGGUAUCAUGAAUGAAGAGUGGUUACCAGAUCGUAGGGCGAUUGCAAUGAACCAUUUCUUUACACUUAUGCAGAUUGAACUGGAUCGUUUCCAAGAUACAAAGCGACUUCUUCAUGACUAUUACUGGGCAAUGGAAGGAAAAAUCCCAAUAGAAGACACUCAAGAUUUUACUAGAAUCCCAUUGUUAGAUAUUAUUAAUGGAGAGCAGAAGGAAGAUCAAGACAAAUCAAGAAGGAUUCCUCUACUUUCUUGGAAGCCACCUUCACCAACUGAUACUGAGUCAGAAAAGAGUGGAACUCAGAAGAGCAGUCUUAAGGCUAAGAGUUCUGAAAGUGAAGUGACCACUUAUAGGAAUGAUAAAGAUCUUAUUAUUGAUACAUGGCAAACAGCAGUAACAGCAGUAUCAGAUAUGGUAACAGCUGAAAUAGAGUUUCUAGAAAUGGAGGAAGAAAAAGAACGCCAGCUAAAACAGAAACCUUCAAAAGCUGCACAGAAACAACUAGACAAAGUGGCUGGGAAUGAUAGCAAAGGUUCCAAAAAGGCGUCUUCCAAAUCACCUCCUAAAAAAAAAGGAGCAAAAGCCAAUCCAGUUCCUAUAGAUCCAGAAGAAUUAAGGAAAGAAGAACUGGCACUAAAAAUAAAGCAAGAAUAUUUCAGUGCCUUGAAACACGAGGAGGCAGCCACAAAAUCUCGGCUAGAACUUAUAAAAGAAAAGGCUUUAGCAUUUCUUGAGGAUCUAAAAUUUAAAGCAGAAGAGGCUUAUAGAGAUAUGGAAAAGUGGCUUGGAUCCACCUUCUUGGAGGAGAAAACAAGUGUUGAAAAACUGAUAGAGGUUGCACGACAUCAUAUUGAGAGUUCUAGCAAAAUCCAAUAUGAAAUGACUUUAGAAGGAACAGAUUUCUUCAUCAAUAGCGAUAUAAAAAUGGUUCCUGACCCUGUUCCUGACCCUGUUCCUCCACCAGAAUUUCAACACAUAGAAAUCUCUGGAAGCAGUGCUCUAACUAUUUCACAACUUACUACAUUUCAUAAGCAGUUUCUACGGCUGGCACCUAAAGCCAUAAGAGCACUGAAGCAAUUUAAAAGCAAGACUAAUUCUUCUAGCAACACAGAAGUUGGUGACAGAGGGAAAGAGAAGAAAUAUUUGGAACAUCAGAAAACAAAGAGGAAUCACCAUUUUCCAAAAAUAUGGCUAACAAAAUACUCCUGGUUAAAAUAUGAUGAUGAAAGGGGAAUAAUGUAUUGUGUGCCAUGUCGUAAACAUAAUGUGGAUUUGGAGCAAAAUAUUCAUAAUUUUUGUUCUGGCACUGAUGACUUCAAUCUUGGAUUUAUAGACACACACCAGAGUAGUGAAGCUCAUGCUUGGGCUACCUGCAUGGAAGCUGCCAGUUCUGCUUCACAAGAUACAGCUUCUGCUGAGCAGAUGUUGAAGAGCAUGAACCCCAUAACACUGGGUAGAGUAGAAAAUAUUUUUAGAAGAUACCAUGCUAUUGCUAAAUCUGGCUCUCCCUAUAUAGACCCUGACAGAAUGUGCAAACCAGAUAAACUUUAACAUGACCUUUCUCAGGCAUGUCCUUCUGAAGACUUCCCUACAGAGACAGAACAGAUCCAUCUUCCCAUUCCUGAUUAUCAUUGCACAAAUUAGUUGUCCCAUAACACGUACUCUUACAGACAGAAUGUGACUAAUUUGCUUCACGGCUUGAACUACUUUUUAUUGCCCUGUAAGAAUAUUUGUAAGGGUUGCAAUAAGAUCACCAUAUCCUGAUUUUUAAUCUAGGAGCUGAGAAUGAAUAUGGUUUAGAGAAUAUAUAUUUUCAUAUUUCUACAUAUUCUAAAUGCAUCUUUCUACUUGAUAAUUUCAAAAGGUAAAGCAUACCAGCAGAAUAUAUUUCUACCAUCAAGGAAAUAGCAGUGAUUUAUAUCAAAAGAUGGCUAAAAUUAAAUCAUUAAAGACCCUUCUUGGUUCCUCCAACAGCAAAUGACAUGUAUUACAGGUAAUUUGGGAGAAGUGAAUAUGAGGUCAUUCACCUUUGAAUCAAUCAUUUGCUAAAUCAAGAUAAUUCUACUUUCAAUAUAAAAUGUAUGUAGUAAUAGCAAAAGAUACCCAAUGCUUCACACCCUACUGUACUCCUCAGCUCUGCUCUGUACUGUGCUAUGUUGUACCACAAAAACACACACACACACACACACACACACAUAUAUAUAUACAUACAGUCUCUUACUGGUGUUUUGCAUAGAUGUUCAUGCUUCUUCUGGGUAUAUAAAAUACUCUUAUGUAUAUAUACACAUCAGAAAUGGAGUAGGUUUUGAAGGAAUGCCUCAUUAAAGCAUAUUGGUCCACUCCAGUAGAGUUAAUCUCUGACAGAAACAGAGAUCGGUACUGUACAUUGUAUAAAAUAUCUGAACUUGUGAUUUCACAGACAAAAAAAAAUGUUUAGAUAUACUUUGCCUAAUAAGCAACAGGAUAUAUAUUUCAUGGAUUACCUUAUUAGAUAUGUGGCUUGUAUAUAUUAAAAUUGUGAAUUUAAGGGUUUUCUUUUAAAUCACAUAAUACCAAGAGGGUUCUUUUCUCUCAAAAUGUUCAAAUUGAGAUUUUUAACAAUGCUAAGAUUAGAAAAAGUUUGAAAAUGUGUCCCAAGGAUGCCCAACAGGUGAAAACAAAAAAAAAGAAAUAAAAACAAAAAAAUGGUGAUUCUGUAUCUGUAACACUGAAGUCACCUCCAUGAUGCAGAGCAGGAACAUAUUUUCUCAUACUCUUCAUCCAUGAAACUAGCAGAAUUCUUUCAACUUCAUGUCUCAGGAGAUAUAUUCUAAAUCUGUGAUGAUUCUUGCUGUUUUCUUUUGGACAGUCUUUAGGUUACAUCCGUCGUUAUUGAUCUAGAAUUUCCAAAGUGGUAUUGUAGCAGAGCCUUAACAUCUGGGUGGGGGGAGGGGGAAAGAAAUAUUAUUUCCAGUGACUUCCCAUGUACUUUCUUGUAUUAUUGUAAAAUGUUAUAAUCCUUAGAGAUUUUUCUGUAGAAAUUUUACUUUGGCAGUAGGAUUCCCUUUGGGACAUUUAUUCAGUUCAUUAUGUCAGCCCAGUGAGGCACUUGACAUUUAUCUUUAUUGGAUAGUGUCCUUUUAUUCUAGACUUUAUCUCCAGUUUUUGUAGUUCACUUUGAAUUCUAAUCCUGUUCUCUAAUGUGCUAGAAGUCUGUUCCUGAAUAGUUUUAUCUACAGUGUAAUAAGUGUAUCAAUUUGUGCAGUCCAUUUCCAAAAAGUACUUUGAUCUGUUUCUGGAAGCUUACUUACUGACCCUGACCGUCUCUCCAGUUUUUCAAAAUCUUUAUGAAUACUGAUUCUUUUCACACGAUGCCUACUGCUCCUUCUAAUUAAAAAUGUUUAAUUUUCUACCCAGUCUCCUACAUUAUUCAACUAAAACUUAAUAGGUUUGGUGUCUUUUAUUUUGUACUUACAAAAGGAUUUUGUAAAGACCAUACCUUUUUUGAAAUCAGUCUUUCUAAGUGGAAAAAGCCAGUUCUGGGAAUUGUCUUCCUUUUUCUUCCUAGAGGACUUUUUUUUUUUUUUCACUGCUUGCAGAGUACCAUUUGCAGACACCAGUAUUCUUUUCUGGGUACUGUCUGUGUAGCUGCCCACUCUCAGCAUCUCUCCGUGGUUAUGAAGCACUGACAGCCCUUGAACUGAAAUGAUGAGUCACCUCUUGUUUGAUAUUAUAAUCAGAUGCUCAAAAACAGUUUUAUGCUCUGUAAUAUAUACCCAAAUCCACUAAGUCUAGACAAAGUACCUAACAACACAGUAAGGAACAUAUGUUUAUGAGGAAUUUCUUUCUCUGGGACUGCCUCAUUCCUCCUACAUAUGUCAGUAGGAGGAAUUAAGUAACAGUCCAUUUGAAGAUUUUGAACUACUAUUACUUUGGAAUUGUCUGUCAUCAGAUGUUUCAGGAGGAAUAAUGUAAAAGAAAUUGCCCUACACAUCAGUAGCAAAAGUAGUUAAUAUAAACAAUUAUAUAGUUUAUGUAAGUUGUGAUUUAGAUUGCAAUCCUUUAAUCCCAUCUCAGACAUUAAUUCUGAUGCAAGUUCUUUAAAUUCCAUGUCUCUCAGAUACUUUCAAUGUAUGUUUCUGAAGUCAUGUAGCUUCACAAAAAAUGAUAUGUGGAUAUUAUUAUCCUUUUAGAAUUCUGUGAAGAAAAUCAAAAUUAAAUUUCAUUUCAGGAAGUCAAAAAAUCAUAAAUACAGGAACUACAUAUUUGUUUUCAUGUAAGGAGAUGAUAGUGGGAGUUAAACAGUUUAAAAUAUAAGAUGGUGUGACAGAAAGCUAAGUUAGACUAGCAGUAAUCAAAUGGAAAGGGAAAUGUUUAGCAAAAAGACUAAAAUUAUUAGCUGGGCUAUUUAUUUAAAGCACUAGAAAAUCUGAUACUGCAAAGAAGAUGUAAACAUUUUCCCUGUAGUGUUUUUUGUUCACUGGCUCCUUCAUGCACAAUAGCCUGUUUUCCCCAUGGAUCACUAAAAUGCUACCUGGUUUAUGGAAUCUUAGAUUAAGUGGCCCAGUAAUGAUGCUCCUGUGAUGCAGACUUCAUUGUGCUAUAUGGAAAUAAUGAGAAUUUAAGUUUUCAUGAAAAAAUCAAAUUUCUGUUGACCUUAAAAUGAUUAUAUUAACAAUCCAAGGUGCUUCAGGAAACAGCACAUGAUUUAUCACAUUUUUUAGAAGAUGUUAUUUCUCAAUGCAGAUAACAUGAAAACUUUCAAGAUAUCUGAAAACUGUUACCAGUCUGACAGUAUUUUUUUCCCCAGCUUUUGCUUUCAUGCUGAAAUUUGGGGGAGGAUUUGAAGGCUUCAGGUCCAGGUGUUUCUCCCUUCCUUCUUCCUAUCCCAACAGACUGAGCUUCCCAAAUCUACUUUCGUCCUUUUCUCUCCAAGUUUAUAUCUGUAUAGGAUUCUACUGUAUUAAGAUGUGCUGAGGGCAUUAAUCCUGGUUUUCCUGAUUGGAGAUAGACAGGUCUAAAGAGAUGCAGAGUAUUCAUUCAAAUUGGCAAAUUGAUUUUGAACAAUGACACAAUGAAAUUAAUACUCAAACCCAUUCUUUAUAUUCCUAUCACAUAUCUUUUUCAUAAACCUAAAUUUCACUUCACUGUUUCACUUCAAACAAAGUGUCUUAGCCAUAGAAUGAGCACAGCUUUGCCUUUUGAAAUAGACAAGAAGUUUGAC